CUGUGGGACGCACGUCUCGCGCUCGAGACUUGCUAACUCGCACACAGCACGAUAACGUGUUCUACUUAAACGUAACAUAUAAACUGCGUAAUCGGUUUCGCAAACUCGAAAACAUUGUAUUUCUUACCGUGAUAAUUUAGUAGAAUCGCGCGGAUUUAAAAGUCUAAACCGGCUUUGUGACUAUAUUAUGAUUCGCGUCUGAUCCGAAAUCGAGCCUUCGCGGAUAUCUGUGCACAGUUAAGAUGUGGAUUUAAAGUGCAGUUGUGAAAGACGGAUACCGGGCUGCGGUCAUGAGUCACAGCUGACUUUCGCGAUUGUUAGUGAUUUGUGAUUUGGAGAUGUGAUAUGACAGCGAGUGAUAUUAGUGACGGUGUCAUGGCUGGUGCGAAUGAGGAUGCUGGGGUCGAGGAGGCUGUGCCAGGGCCUGAAGUCCAUAAGCGCGGUCUGAGCGGCUCCAUGUCGCUACGGACUAAGAAGCUGGGCCGAAGACUCUCUCGCAGCAUGUCUAUUGUGGCAUUAAAACUGCCUGAGAAGGCCCAGAGUAUAUCACGGAGCUCUUCAAAGCUGAUGCGGUCGGGAAGCCGCGAUAAAAAGAAUAGAUCAUUCGAACUGUCUAUCAUACUGCCAGAUAAAACACAGAGACAGGUGACAGUUUGGACCAACAGUACAGUUGCUGAAGUGAUAAAUGAGCCACUUCAAGAGGCAGGCAUGGUAAUAGCUGGUCUGCCAAGCGGGCCUCUAUCACCACCUCUACUUCUGCCUAUCGCUGGUCCUCUACCCCCGCCUGAAGAAACCACGGCGCCUCCAACAGUCCUUCUGUUUCUGGGAGGGUCCAAGGCACCAGUAGACCCCAGAGCGCCGGCGGUUCACCUAGAAGGAGAGGUGAUCGUUGCGGAAUGUGAACCGACACCUUGGGAUGGAAAGGACUUGGAAUGCUUUCUUGAAUUGGAGAAAAUAUAUGCUUCAACGCUAUGCUCAGCAUUAGAACUUUACGGAAAACCUUUAUUGAGAGCAUCUGUCCUAACUUCAGAAGAAUAUCAUUUGCUUUUCUACUAUCUCGAAUCAAUAUCUGAAGCUAGUGAAGCCUUGACAGAACGGAUGAGAAAAUACAUUGACUCUGGAUUACUAAACAAUAAACAUGAGGACACUAAGGUCGUUAACCAAAUACACGAGGAAAGUAAAGACGAAGAUUCGAAAAGCCUUCUCACAGAGAUGAUAAAAGAAGGAAUUAUUUCUCAACAUGAUGUAGACUCGGUAUCUGAAGCUAUGAGCUCGAUUAAUGAUCAUCCGUCGAACCGGAAACUUGAUGAGGAUAGCAGAUCAACAUCAUCUUCGGUUGAAGGCCCUCAUCGUAGAGUCUUAGUUGAUAUUCCUGUAGAAACAAAUGAUAAUAUUGUUGGCUGUUCCGAAAUCGAUAAAAUUGACAAUAUUGCAACUGUUACCCUGAAGACUGGAGGACAAUGUUGUGCAGAUCAUAGAAUAUCCGCCGACAUAACAGAAAAUGUAUGGUCAAACGUAAGAUGGAACUUUCUCAAUCCUGCUGACUUCGGCUACGACCAAGUCCCAAACGUUAAGCGAAGUAGAUCCGAAUCUGCUAUAACACCAAUUGCUACCCGCCGCAAUGAUGAAAUAUAUGAAACAUUGCGUGACGUCGAAAGGGAUUCAUGUGGCAGCAUAACUCCCUACGAAUCCAUAGAAGAUCUAUAUGAUUGCAUUAAAAAUGGCGCGUAUAAUAAUGCCGCUGAAUCAUCUCCAUCGACAGAAAGUCAAUCUGAACCACAAUAUCCGGACUUCGAUGAAAAGUCGAUCACGACGCGUCAGAGUUCUACGAGCAGUGAAAAAAGCGGAACCUCAUCCGCUUUUCCAUUUUCGAAGUGCGGUUCGAGUGAUUCAACCGGCGCGUAUACGUCUUGUGAGUCUACAAGUGGGAUAAGUACUUUCGCUUCUAAGUGUAUACCGGAGUUGAUUAAGUGUAGAGAACUGCCCGCCCCGCCCACGGAAGUUGAAAUCAACGAGAGCACUAUUCUAUUGAAACAACUGUUUAUGGGUGAAUUAAUGGAUGUUUAUAGUGAAUAUCUGUCCGCUUAUCCGUUCGCUCGGGCGUUGUUGCGGCGAAAGAUGAAAAGAGACGAACAUUUUGCUGCACUGGCAGACAUCCGACGCGGAGCAGCCAAGUAUUCGAUCGUUGACUAUUUGGAAUUACCGAUCGAAAGAUUGGCGCAGUAUGAGAGGCUGGUUGGCAGCGGGUGUGCUCGACGUAGGGCGGCCCGUCUGUCGGACCUGGAGCGUGUCCAGGACCUGUUCCCUCAGGACUAUCUCGCCUUACACGAUGCUGACGCCCCGGCCGCUCUUGCCUCGCACCAUGCGCAGAAAUCGAAAAGCCUUCGCAAGCGACCCAGUCUGGACAUCGGCGGUACAGUCAGCAACAACAACAAUAAAAACACUUCUCUCUUGCCGCGGACAUUCCUCAUGGAGGCUCCAGUACAACUGUGUCCCAUGGGAUCGUCCUCCCCACCGCUAGACAGGCACUUCUUCCUCUUCAACGACCUACUCCUGGUCGGAAAAUCGAGAGGAACGAACUGCUUUAAGUUGAAAGAAAGCGUUCGUGUUGCGGAGCUGUGGCUGUCGUUACCAGAUAAUGAUGAUACCGGCUUCCUCAUUGGAUGGCCGACCCUCAGCGGUGUCAUCAACUACCUAGCCACGUACCCCACACAAGCAACCCGGGACACUUGGUAUAGAAAAGUCCAAAGUGCCCUCACGAACCAGCUGUCAAAUGAACCGAAGUCCACAAACAUACAAAUAUUCUACAAGGACUUGGCCAGCUCUAUCGAAUUUUGCAAGACGGUGUCAGUGAACCCGGAUAUGAGCGCUCGGAAUGUGAUCCGUCAAGCGCUGCACGUGCUGCAAGCUGGGGGUGAGGUGGAAGGUGACCAUGAGGAGUUGGAGACAGCGGCCAACGAUUUCACACUGUGGGUGCGCACGGGCCGGGAAGCUCCUCUCACUCCGCUGCAGGGGAACGAGAGGCCUCACGCGGUUCAGAUGUCGCGAAUACGACAAACAUUGUCCAAUGAAGACGGUUUCGAUUUAGAACACGUGAACGCAAAAAAUAACCCGUGCGGUCUGGUCUUUGAGUUGAGGAAAAAGAAUCAAGCAUUGAAGAGCACGCACCCCGGCGGACGCGGUCUUCGCCUGCUGCGUCGUGGCGGGAGACUGUUCGGUGUGUCUCUGUCUCGCCUGUGCGGCGGCACUCCCCCGCCCGUCCUGCUGCAGGUCAUGAAGAGACUGAGGUCCCUGGCGCCGCACACACACGGCGUCUUCAGAAGAAGCGCCAACGCCAAAGCGCUCAGAUUACUUCGAGAUAAGUUGGACGCGAUGGGUCCUUGGGCAGAGAGUUGCACGGAGUUAGAUCGCGCUCCUGUCUUACUGUUAGCAGCGCUCGUGAAGGAGUUCUUCAGGGCAUUGCCCCAACCUCUCCUUGUAGCCGAACUCUACCCAGCUUGGCUGCAAGUUCUAAGUUUACCACAGACAGAAAAAGUUGCAGCAGUAAGAUCGUUACUUCUAAAGCUACCCAAACCGCAUUACAAUAUGCUAACUUACUUUGUGUGCCUUUUACAAGCCAUAUCCAAGAAAUCCAAUAUUAACUUGAUGUGCCCAAUGAACUUGGGUGUAUGCGUAGGUCCAAGUUUGCUGUGGCCUUCAGUGCCUUGUGAUAAAGCUCCCAAAGCAGUGCCAAUGGUUGUUGAACUACUCAUUGUGAAGGCUGAAUCAUUAUUUGGACCACAAAUCACAAGUCUUCUUGGCAAUGGGGCCCCUGAACCAGCAAAUGCUUUAUUGGACUCCGGUGCCGAAGAAAGUGACAGUUUGCAUUCCGUUGGAAUUUCAUUAGAUUCAAUGGAACUCUCAACACCGCGGAAAGAAAAACUCUCACUCAGCCGUGAUUCAGGGUUAACGCUUUCCGAAGAUGAUUCGAACAGCAAUGGAGGUAAUAGCCCUGCCCCUCGAAAUAUUUUACACAGUCUUUCUGCACCAACUUGCAAUUUACAACAGGAUCCCAAAACCGGUUCCCGUUUCCUUUCAGAUAAUCACAACGUUAAUGGUCUUCCUCCAAUAAAUCAAAGACAGCAAAAUAUUUACUCGAACAAAGCAGAGAUUUAUAGUACUGUAAAUGAAGAGUUGUACACGUUGCCAUAUAGAGGUGAUAGAUACGUACAUAAUUCAGUUAACGUCGGUAUAUCUAACGGUGUUGACGAAAGAAAUUAUGUUUCGAAGACAGCCGUUCAACGGUCGACGGCUGAUAUUUAUGGGCAAAGUCCAGCUAAAUACAUUACUGGUAUGGAACCACAAAAACCACCGCGAAGUAAUGUAUCAAAAGCAGCUCGUACAUCUAAGGUGUACAGUAUGUAUGCGGACACACAAGAGACAGAAAAAAAUAUCAACAACAAAAACUUUAACCGUGCAAAAAGCACUGACAACCUGCUUGAACCCAAACAAGAACAAGUUGAUACAAAACGCGACAUAGUUUCUAGUCAAGAGAACAUCGUAUACAGUAACAUACACGACCUGGCGAUGUUUACCGAAAACAUUCAAAGACAAAAUCAGUACCAGUCACAUAAAGAGUUAUUAUCCAAUGCCAACUCGAACUAUGCUCGCGUUUAUACUACUUGGGAAAAUAAAAGUCCUAACUACAACAAUCAGGCUAACAGAGCGAAUGAAAAGAUAUACGGGCAAAUAAACUUGGUACAAGGCGAGUCCUCGCAAAACAAAUUGGAUGGAAAAGCAUCACCGGCAGCCACCAUUUUUACACGAAAUGACUGGUCUCGUCAAGCAGCGAGGACAAAGAGCUUAGAAGUGAACGAAGACGGUCAGAACGCUAACGAUAAAGCACGCAAUACUAACUACGAUAUCCACGUCGUUAGCUGUUGCCGAAAGAGGCGUUUUGAUCCAGCUCACAUGUGCUCCAAGAGUUGCAUCACCCUUUCAAACAUAAGGGAAAAAGAGAAACAAUCGAUGAACCCCUUGCAGACCUCAUACUCAUACGUCGGAGACAUGCGUAAUGUCUCAGAAGAUGCAAAGAUGUCCAGACUGCGUUCUUACAACAACAAUAAACUGAACCAAUCGAAGUCUCUGGCAAAUAUUAUACUUCAGAGUGAUUCGAGCAGCAGUGACACUCUGUACCAACCACAAAACUCCUUCAACAGUCGAUCCACGGAGUCGCCAGCAAGUGAAAACUCUUUUGAAAACUGUUAUACAACGCAGUACAUAGAGCCUCUGUAUACGUCGGUCUACAACCGCACAAGAGAUAUAUUUCACGAAGAAAAGGCUAACAUGUUUUCAUCUGACAUCUACAAGGCAACGCCCACGUCUGUUCAGCCAGACAACGAGCUAAACAACAACAAUAAAGUUCCACACAUGCCCCCGCCCGUACCGCCGCGAAAGAUGAUCUACCAGCGGGUUUUGAAGAAGUUUCAACCGGUACACGCAACCGGUAGCAAGGAAGACAAGUCGCGAUCCAAAUCAGUACCUCCGGUAUACAGAGACCCACCCAAUGGAAACGAUAAUAAUAACCACAACGGAAUCGCUCUGGAUGCUUCUGAAUCUGAUACAGAAUCCGAAUCAUAUGUAUAACCCGCCACAGAGUACGUGGUAAUGAAAUAUUAAGGCUGCUAUCCCAAGGAACCGAUAAAAUAGCGCAUAAUUUAAACCAUUAAGAAACGGAGAAAUGUAAAGAAAAAAUAAAAUUUUUUUUCUUUACAUUUCUAUCAUUAAUAGACACUCCGAAAAAAAUCACCAAAGUAAACCCUAACUUUUACAGUUGGAGCCAUCUCAAUCAUUCAAUUAAUUAAAAAAAAAUAUUAAUUGUUAACCAAUACGAUUUAACAUGACAUAGUUUUGUAAAAAAAAUUGUAUUAUGUUUGUAAUAAAUUAUAAAUGCUUCUAAUUCUGAAUUAGAACUAUGGCGGUCUUAUACUAGAUUCCUCAAGGCCGUUGGAUCCGUCCCCAGCCUUAAUAUGGAUAAGCUCGUUGAACAAUGUUUGGGAGAGUUUUAAGUAUAAUUGAAAUGAUAAUAUAAUAAUUAUUUAACUGUUAUGUACCACGUAAUACAUUUGAAUAUUGUCUUUAGUAAUCUUGAGUAUUGUUCGAAUAUUAGUUAUAUGCUUGGAUUAAGGAUUGUUCUCCGCUGCAUUCCAACUAGAUACCGCACUACCUAAGAACCAAUAGCUUUAUUAAUACGGCAACUAUUAGAUGCUUGUGUGAGUGGCAUCUUGACACUCAGUGGCAUUUUUCAAAUUUUGUAACAUUCGCUUCGUGUUAUUUUACAUUGAAAUUAAUAAAUUACAAAUACUUACUGAUGAUAUGUGAUCCCAGUGUCUUUAUUAUUUCUUGUAGUAUUAUUUUUACAAAGUCUUACUACGCAAUCCGACAUUUUUUGUUUCAAUUAUUAGCAAAGUUUAACAGAACAUGUGGCACGUCAACGUCAAACAUUGUUCGAGGUUGGCUCGACAACGCCCACUUUGCGACUACGCCUGCGGUAUCUAUUUGGAGCGCAGCGGAGACCAAUCCUUAAUCUAGGGUUACAUGUUUAUAUUUUAGGAUGUCACGUAUGUCCCGCCUUACAUUAAUUAUAUCAAGUGUCCAUAACGUAUUGUUUUGGUGAUCUGUUUCCAAAGAAGUAAAAUAGUUUUGAUUCUGUACAGAUGAUGAAUGUCACGAUAUUGUCCAUAUAAAUUAUAUUGUAAUAAGUUUUACAACAUCGUUUUGUAAAAAUGAUUAUGUAAUAUACAUUUAAGAAUAAUAUAAACACCUGUCUAAUGUGUCAUGUAUGUGUUAUGUUAAGUGUAAUGUUUGUAUCGAGCUGACUGUAAGUGUAAAUACUGUAUGAUAUUGUACGUAAAUACUUUUACCUUUGAUGUGAAAUAAAUGUUUUAAUGGAAAUUAA